GCUACCAUUGUUUGUCACACCCCUCUUGUUUGUAUAGGGCGAUCAACACAAUAAAACUUUACAAGUAGUCAAAUCAGCUUUCAUCUUAUUUGAUUAUAUGUAAGGAAAUUGCAGAGUUUACCUUAUUUCUUCUUAUAUUAUAUGUGUGGCUUGCAUGGAAGGAAAUUAAAAACUAUCCUUCUGAAAUCUUAUCAGCCAUGGAGGUUGAGAACCACAAGUCAAGAUAUUGGAGUCUAGGCAAUUGGUUUAUGAGAAAGCAAAAGGAAGAUAUGCCAUCUUACACUUUGAAAGAAAUAGAAGAUGGAGCAGAAGAUAAGAAUGAUGACUAUGGGGGUGAUCUUUCCCUUCGGUCACUUGAAUUUGAUCCAUGCAUUUUAAUUAACAAGCUAAGGAUCUUUGUUGGUACUUGGAAUGUUGGUGGCAAAAAUCCUGUAGGAAGCUUAGCUGUUGACUUGGAUGAAUGGUUAAAUCUCAAGAAUGCUGCAGAUAUAUAUGUUCUUGGGUUUCAAGAGAUUGUACCAUUGAAAACCUUAACUGUGAUAGGAGGGGAGGACCCUGCUGUGGGAAAAAGCUGGAACCAGCUUAUAGGAAGAGCACUAAAUGACAAAUUUGGAUGCUGCUCAUGGAUGACACCUAUGGUGAAUUCAUCAAUAUCAGGUGAUGAGAAUGAUAAGUGUUUGGAGAAUCCAAGCUCUGAAGGAAGCAAAUACAGGCUAGUGGCGAGUAAGAAGAUGGUUGGUGUGUUCAUCAGUGUGUGGUUGAGGGAGGAAGUGAUGAGGAAGUAUUGUGUUUCAAAAGUGAGAGUUUGUUCAGUGGCAUGUGGGGUGAUGGGGUAUUUGGGAAACAAAGGAUCAGUGGCAGUUAGCAUGUCAAUUGAAGGGACAAGUUUUUGUUUUGUAGCAGCACACUUAGCAUCUGGGGAAAAGAAGGGUGAUGAAGGGAGAAGAAACCAUCAAGUAGCAGAGAUUUUUAGGCGAACCUAUUUCUCUAGGACCACAAAACACCAUCAUUAUCCUCAUCAUCCUCUAUCUAUCUUAGGCCACGAUCGCAUAUUCUGGUUUGGAGAUCUCAACUAUAGGCUAUACUCAGAGGACAAUUUUGCAAGGAAUCUGAUAAGAAAGCAAGACUGGAAGGCUUUGCAAGAGUUUGAUCAGCUCCAGAAAGAACUAGAAGAAGGUGGUGUAUUCGAGGGUUGGAAAGAAGGUAACAUAGAAUUCGCCCCCACAUAUAAAUACUCAUCAUCCAUUAGCAAUAUAUACUAUGGUGGCUUUCCAAGUAGAUCCUGGGAAAAGCAAAGAACUCCUGCAUGGUGUGAUAGAAUUUUAUGGUAUGGUAAAGGAGUAGAGCAACAACACUAUUUGCGGAGUGAAAGCAAGUUUUCUGAUCAUCGACCUGUUUCAGCACUUUUCUCUACACAAAUUGAAGUUAAGUCAUCUAGCAGAGGACUUAAGGAAUUGCAAAAUAUCACCCCAAAAAUGUUGCACCCCAAUCAUGGGUUAAACAAAGGAGAAGAAGAUGGAAAACCUUCCUUACUGUCAUUGUUGAGAAAGGAUGUAAAAGGCUGCUAACACAAGCAAUUAUAGCUUAAGAUUAAAAGGACGGCACAAGUUUUCAGCCAGGUUACAGUCAUCAGAAAAAUGACAUAAAGUUCCUUUCCUAAAACCCAACAUAUUUUUAUUUAUUUUUUGGAUAUCAGGAUUUGGAAGGUUAAGAUUAGAGUAUAGUAAAUUCAAUUGCUGUUGACAAUGAAGAUGGAUCCAUGAUCUAAUAUUGAAAGUUCUUAGUACAAAGUCAGAGAAAAAAAAUAUAAAUAGUGUGAAUUAUGCAGAUAUUAUUAUAAAGAAUAUUCUGUAUAUUGUGUUCCCAUACUUUUCUCUUUUUCUAU